AUGCCGGAUAUUCCAGUUGGAUCUCAGAUUUUUGAUCUCGCAUUUCAUCCCACACAAUCGACUGUAUAUACUGGCCUUCUUAACGGAAAGGUCAAGGCAUUCCGAUAUGAUGAACAAGGACAGCAUGAAGAAAGCUUCGUAUUAAGGCCAUCCAAGCGUUCAUGCCGCUGCUUGGAUACUAGCGAGGAUGGCUCUCGUCUUUGGGCAACUGGAAAGGCAAAAACUAUCUUCACGAUCGAUACCGCCACUGGAACCCUAAGUGAGACGCGUAAAGAUGCCCACGAUUCCCCAGUGAAUCGCAUCAAACGCCUCAUGCCCCAGAUGCUAAGCACUGGUGAUGACGACGGCGUCAUCAAGCUGUGGGACCCUCGAAAGUCUGAUCCCAUUCGAAGUUAUACCCAUCAUUAUGACUUCAUCUCUGAUUUCCUUUGGUUGGACGACAAGAAGCAACUUAUCACGACCAGCGGCGACGGCACACUAUCAGUGAUUGAUGUGCGUGGAAAGAAACCGGAACCGGUGGCACAGUCCGAGGAUCAAGAGGACGAGCUGCUCUCUAUUGUUUCGAUUCGAAGCGGGUCAAAAGUCGUCGUUGGUACACAGAUGGGCAUUCUGUCUGUAUUUAAUCGUAGCCAUGGGUGGGGAGACUGCGUCGACAGAGUUCCGGGACACCCCCAGUCGAUUGAUGCUCUUUGUACGCUACCGUCCUCAUACCCGUCCUCUCACUCAACCAUCCUCACGGGAUCGUCGGACGGUCUCCUGCGGGCCGUGCAGCUAUUUCCUACCAAGCUACUUGGGGUUGUUGCUGACCACGGAUCUUUUCCCAUAGAAAGGAUUGCAGUCGAUCUCGGUGGGGAAGGAAGAUGGGUCGGUAGUGCAGGUCACGAUGACACACUCAAGAUGACAGAUCUCAGGGCCGUUUUUGAAGACGAGGAGGGUGGCGAGGCUGUUGAGGACUCCGAAAAUGUACAAAGUGUUCAAGCCUCGGACAUAGACCUACAGGAACCCGACGGAGCUGAUGACGAAACCCAAGCACCUCCCGAGGGCACCACAGCAGUAACCGAGGCCUCUGACAAUGAUGAGGAUGUAGACUCUCACUCCCCAAAGGAGAAGAAAAGAAAAUUAAAAAGUAGUAAAAAUGCAUUGGCAGGGAGGGGCAAAAAGGCGAGGAACCAAAUUGAUGCGGACCCUUCGUUCUUCAAGGGUCUAUAA